AUGCGUCGUGGAAAACUUCUUCUUAUUAUUUGUAUUGUUUUUAUUUUCAUUUUUAUCUUCAAUGUUAUUUUUAUUUAUCGAGCUCUUCGUGAUCGAAAAAUUAUAAGUGAAGAAGAUUAUGAGAAUGAAGAAUCAAAAGAAAGAGAUGAUUUCAAGGCAUUCAUCACAUCUUCAUAUUUUUAUCCAAAAUCCAAAAGUUUAGGAGAUAACGCUUUAGCAUUGGUAUUAACUAUUAAUCAGAAAAAGUCGAUUAAUAAUUGGUGGAACUUACAAUGGUGGAAUAUACCAAAAAAUCCUGAAAUUGUUGUUUUAUCUAGAAAUGCAACAUCAAGUAGUAUUGUUAGAACACAAUAUUGGAAGUGAGAUUGUUUUUUUUUAAUUUUUAUCAUUUUCAUUUAACUUUUAGAAUUACACCACACGAAGUUUGUAACAUGAUUGCAAUUUUUGCAACAGUUCAAAUUAUUCCAAAUCCGACAUCGAUUUCUCUUGUUGGAUACAAUAGUUUAGUCGAUAUUCCAUUUGAAAUUCCUCCAAGUAUUGAACGUGAUGUUGUUGUUUGUAUUUCUCCACUUUUUAUCAGUGAACAAUGGCAGAACUUUUUAUUCGCAGUUCAUAUUUAUAAAAAAUUCGGAGCAUUUAUGAAUUUAUAUUUGAUUAGUGCAGUUGAUUCAUUUUAUUAUUUGAUGAAAGAAUAUGAAAAUGAGGUUAUUUUUCAUCAAAGAAAAAUAUUUUGAAUAGUUUUUUUUUAGAACUAUCUCACCAUUCAACCUUGGGUCAGCGCGAAAUUCGUUGGAGUUUCUCCAGAUAUUGCGGAUCCUUAUAAUCAAAUAGAGUUUAGAAAUCAAGCUGGAUCACAAACUGAUUGUCUUCUGAAAUACAAAGUGAGUGUUUCGAUUUUUCACAUUUUCACAUGAACAACUCUAGGAAACCGCAAAAUAUGUUACCUUUUUGGAUUUGGAUGAUGUUCUAAUACCUAGACUUGCGCCAACUUAUCUUGAAGAAAUUAUUAAAAUAAUAAACAAUCGGAGAAAUAUUGCUUUCAUUCAUUAUCACAAAGAAAAUCAUGAAAUUUCAACGGCAAAACAUGGCGAACAAUUUUCAUUUGAAAAAAUGUUUAGCACUCUGAAAUAUGAAGGUGCAAGAGAAACUGGAAAAAUUGUUGUUGAUCCAAAAAACUUGAACUACACUUGGAUACAUUUUCCACCAUUUAUGCCAGUUCAAAUGAGACAAAUUGUUGUGAAAGAAAAUGUUAUUACUCAUUUGAAAAAUAUUUUAUGGUUAGAAGAAAUUAAUGGAAAUGAUGAAUUACCAAAAUAUUAUAACAAUUCUGAAGAACAUAUUCUAGAAUAUGACACGAUUUCUUCAAUUGAAAAUGAUUUGCAAACAAUGAUGAAAAAACCAAAUAUUUCAAAAUUACUUUCAAAACUGCCAACACAUCAUUAUUAUGCAAAUUUAAUUGGAAAAUGUUAUUUCGAGAAAUAUUAUUCCCUACAUUAUUCUGGAAGAAUAAAAGAAAUCACUUGUCCUGGUCCUCAAUUAUGUGAUGUGAGUUUCUUUAAAAAAAUUGGGAUAAAUAAAAAUAGAAUAUUUUUCAGUACGAUCAACGAGAAGAUAUAAAAUGUAUCCACGUGGAUGCUGAUUAUCCUGAAGUUCCAAAAUUAAAACCUGUCUCAUAUUAUUUCGCAAAAAAUCGACGAUUUUCCAAAAAUAUUGGUUGCUAUCCUCAUUAA